GCGGGGCAUGUACUCGCGCGCCAAACAGGUGGUAAGCGGCCUCUUGGACUCUGCAAGGAAGUCUGAUGGCGUUCGUUGCUUCUUAAUUACCGCCUCCUCAUGCAGGUGACAGGCCCUAUAGCAAUACUUAAGAUGUCGGACAAACGUCCUCACCUUAAUUCCGCCCUGCUACCUUCAAAAUGCACUUCGCAAACUUUCUCCAAAUCCGCUUGAGUCCUACUAGUCUGCUCCUCUUGACUGUCUUCGGCCAGACUGUGAUCAUGGGUUUUGCAUGGGGCUUCGCCGGAGGAAUCUUGUUCACAGAAGUUCUCGCACUACCUAAUCAUAUCGUUAAUUUGAUCGUAGAGUAUCCGACCGUGCUGACCUUGAUAGUUACGUUGAUCUCAACUACCUUGUCGAUCAUUACUUCGAUGUUUUUCACAUUUGCCGUCAAAGAAGCGCUUCGGCACCACCUCUCGGGGCCGAUUACACUGUUCAAGCUUCGCAUUGCAAUAGCGUUGAGCAGGCCGACGUGGGUAUUGCGAUGGAAAUCUGUGAAGCUGUCGACCUUCACGUUGGCGGUUUUUGCGAUGGUUACAUUUCUGAACACGAGUUGGAGCACUUUGCUCCUACCCACCCUUAUCCAGUGGCCUGUGAGAAUAUUCGGUACGGAACUAGACUUGGGAUCUGCUGCGUUUGUAAACCAGUUGAGUACGGACAUUAAUGCCGAGCAAGCGAGCAAUGUACAAGUACCUGGGUUUGAAAUCAUCAAUGUCUUGACUCUCAUCAGUGGUCUUUAUGCGAUUGACAAUCAAGGAGGCCCGAAUGUGCAAUCGAAUAAUAUAUUCAGCUUCAAUGGAGUUUUAUACAAUCAGUCGACCGGUGGAGUUCUUCCUAUGAUAGAGGAGUACUCUGGAUCAUCAAACCCGCCGGGUCCUGACGUUGGCCUGGCUUUUGACUGGGGACACCUCGGACGCAAUGCAGGCACUCAUCAAGGCAUUGCGAAGAACUACACUGUUACACAGCAGGGUGUCACAGCAAAUGUUACAUGCCAGCCGAUCGACCGCAGUCAGAAUACAUUUAGUGUCCAACCAAUUGUGACACAAGGACCACUAAACUUGACGCUCAUCAUAUGGGAAGCUGUUGCGAAUUGUUCUGGAAAUUCAAAUUCCCAGCUCUACUUCACUGUUGGAAACGCGAGCGGUCAGAUGGACAGUGCAACCGAGGGAUUUCUCCCCACUGUUGUAUGUCCUGACCCAGGAAACUCGAUGACAUUCAACCCAUAUAAGUUUGAUGUUUUUAUGGCUGGCUUGUACAAGUACAGCUUUCUGCCAACAACCAUUUGCGAGGUCGUUCCCUACCUGACCACAGUCAAUGUCACUUAUAAUGGAGGCAUCAUAUCUGUCGAUCGGAUUGAUGCAUUAACAAGCAGCCCGAAUCUUGCUUUAUCUCAGUACAUCGCAACUGUGAUGGCUUAUCAAUCGGGGUCAAACCAAGGCAUGCCCACAAAUACAAUCGGCGACUUUCUGACCGCGCACGGUACCAGCAAUGUAUCAGUCAUGUACAGUGAACUAGAAGAUUACUGGCGCGGUAUUGCGGAGUUCGUCUCUACUCAACUUCGCUCUGGAUACUCCGCUUCGGGAGUUCCGUCGAAUAUGACAAGGGCGACAAGCGGCACGAUGUAUUUCACGACGUACGGCUGGCGAAGCAAAACUUACACGUAUACCCUUCUGCUUGUAGUGAUCACCCUCAUCUGGGUGACCACCGUAUUAGCCGCCGGGUACAGCCUCAUCCAAGAAAAAAUUCACGCUUCCGAUUCAUCUUUCGAUUUUUCUGAUCCCAUUGAUCUCAUCAUCGCGGCAUCUGGCGGAAGACUUGAAUCAGAGUUUUGCGAAGGUGAUGGAAACAAAGUAGACAAUAGCGAGGACAUCACCGUUCGCUUUGAAGAUGUACCUGACAAAGUGGGAAGGAGAAUCAACACAAGACUGGUCCCUGUGGUUCCGGAACCCCGCAAAAGACUGCUUGAUAUUGUCGAUAGUGAUUGA